UUUUCAUUCCAAUGUGCUGUGAUUUGGAUAAAUGGUCACAAAACCAUAAGAUUGCAUUUGGGUGGUUUUAGGUAUAGAGAUUUUUGGACAUUAGAGAUGAUGCCUAUAUAAAGGCACUGGUUUUAUAAUUCAAUGGUUUCAAAGUCGAUAUAAAAUCCAUGUAUAUUCUAAAAGGGAAAUAAAAUCGGUUCUACAUCGAUUUCAUUUAAAACUGAUUUUAAGAUACAUGAAAAUAUAGGCCAUAAAGUUCUCGGCUUGAUCUAGGAUCAAAAAUCUUCUGGAAUCAAAAUCUUCAGGGAUGGAUAUCAUAGAUUUUAGCCUGUAGUCCUGAAUCAGAAUUUCUUCCAACCUCAAGUUUUCAAGCUCUGUCUUAAUUCUUAAAGUCAGUCUUUGGUUAUUUGACUGCCAAAAGUUUGACUAGUGUUUUUUCCUUGGUGGACUUGAUAAAUGUGAAGAAUACGAACACCUGGAACAUGAAUAUGAACACCAAAUUAUAUAUGUACAUUUUAAUGUGAUCUUCUUUGGUUGAGCAUUUAAACUAGUGGAUGUUCAAUUGCAGAAAUGUAUGAUAAUAUAGGAGCACAGCCACGGGUACCAUUACCACCUAUCUAUGCACAGCCAAGUCCUUUUGGCAAUUCUUUGUACGGUGCUGGUUCAGGAUUCAUUAGAGGUGGACUAGGUGCUUAUGGAGAGAGAAUUUUAGGAUCCAGCUCUGAAUAUGUGCAAAGCAAUAUUAGCAGGUACUUCUCUGACCCUCAAUACUAUUUCCAAGUCAAUGAUCAAUAUGUAAGGAACAAAUUGAAGGUUGUUCUCUUCCCAUUUCUGCACAGAGGCCAUUGGACGAGAAUCACAGAGCCAGUGGGUGGCAGGCAUUCCUACAAACCCCCCAUUUACGAUAUUAAUGCACCAGACUUGUAUAUUCCACUCAUGGCAUUUGGUACCUAUGUUGUUCUUGCCGGCUUAACACUGGGUUUGAAUGGAAAGUUUAGCCCAGAAGCUCUGAGCUGGCUGUUUGUCAAGGGGGUGGUGGGCUGGUUUUUGCAAGUCACGCUGCUGAAAAUGACGUUAUUUUCAUUGGGUGGUGGAGAGGCACCUUUGCUCGAGAUCGUGGCAUAUGCUGGAUAUACUUUUACAGGAUUGUCUCUGGCCUUCGUGGGACGAAUUUUCUCGAGUUAUGCUUACUACUUUCUGAUGCCGUGGGCAUGCUUAUGCAUGGGAAUUUUCUUGGUGAAGACAAUGAAGAGAGUUCUU